AUGGGGCCAAAUGUGGCUCUGGUGCUGGUGUCCAUCGCGGGACUUACACUUGCUGUCGGAAACGACGAAGUGUUCACAAACACGCCAGGAGCCGGACCAUACUACGUGAAAGAGCACAUGGUGGGACCGACUCUGAAGUGCUCCGUGCGAAGCAAGUUUGCCGACCGAGCACGCUAUCAGGUGCAGUGGCAGCGCUACAAUAAAGGCAAUCUCAGGUAUAUCUCCAUCAACGACCAGCUUCUCGACGCAGCCCACUUUGAACUGGUCGGGGACAUCUCUAGUGGAGUGUACGACCUUAAACUCAAGGAUGUUGCUCAGAGUGCAGUCGAGGGCUCCUACUACUGCACUGUUCUUGAUCGUCAAGAAACAGAGCAGUACCAGGCCGAACCGGCUGAAGUGAUUGCUCUAGGUGCGUCUUGCCACUCUUAUCGACGGUUUCUGGCUAACGCAGCACAGAGCGUGUGUCCUUGCAGAUCGCGAUUGCGCUGAAA